CCUGCCGAGAGUGGGGAGGCUGGCUGGAGCGACAAUCACAAGGUCCCAGGUGUGGCACAAGGAGAGAUAGUCCAGCCUAGGCAGCAGCAGACUGAGGGUGACCAUCUUGCACAUCCCUGCAAUCACAAGUAAGGAUUUUAACUGCUCUGACUGGCUGUGUGGACCAAACAUCAUUCAUCUGCCUCCAAACUGCCUAGUGGCUCUGCUUCCACUGCCAUCCCUCUUCCCGAAGUGGCUUCUUGGGCUUAGAGAGCACAUUCGCUUAGACCUCCAGAAGCUGGAGUCAGGAUAUGGACUCAGUAGCUUUUGAGGAUGUGGCUGUGGACUUUACCCAGGAAGAGUGGGCAUUGCUGGAUCUGUCUCAGAGGAAACUCUACAGAGAUGUGAUGAUGGAAAUCUUCAGAAACCUGGCCUCAGUAGUUUCUCGAAAACUAAAUGAUGGAGAAAAGCUAUCCUCUGAAAAUAUAAUAUUACGAUUCAUGAAAAAUGACACGUGGUCCUCAAUGGUAGGAGAAAUGUGUGAAUUACAUGGCACUGAAGAUCAGGAUAACAACAAGAAAACACAUGUGAGAAGGCAAAUGGUAGAGAACGUCUGUGAAAGCAAUGAAGACAAUCAGUGUGAACAGACCUUCAUCCAGAUUCCAAAUCUUUCUGUGCUCAAAAGAACUCCUGUGAAAGUAUAUCCUUCUGAAUGCCUUGAGUAUGGAACAUCCUUGAUGGAUCAUUCAUCACUUAAGCAUCAUAUCAGAUCUGACUCUGAAUGUAAUGCCUCUCAGUGUAAGGAAUGUGGAGAAGCCUGCAGUUACACUCCUUACUUCAGCACUUCUGUGAGAACUCUUACUGGAGAGAAACCCUAUGAAUAUAAGGAAUGUUGGAAAGCCUUUCAUAAGUCCUCAAGCCUUACUGGACAUACAAGAAUUUACAGUAGAGAGAUGCCUUAUGAAUGUAGGGAAUGUGGCAAAGCCUUUUGUCAUCCUUCAAACCUCGAUAGACACAUGAGAAUUCACAGUGGAGAGAGGCCUUAUGAAUGUAAGGAAUGUGGCAAAGCCUUUAGUCAGUUCUCACACCUGACUAAACAUAUAAGAAGUCACAGUGGAGAGAGGCCUUAUGAAUGUAAGGAAUGUGGCAGAGCCUUUCAUCAGUCCUCCAACCUGACUACACAUAUGAGAACUCACAGUGGAGAGAGGCCUUAUGAAUGUAAGGAAUGUGGGAAAGCCUUUAGUCAGUCCUCAAACCUCACUGCACAUAUAAUAACUCACAGCGGAGAGAGGCCUUAUAAAUGUAAGGAAUGUGGUAGAGCCUUUCGUCAUUCCUCACACCUCACUAGACAUAUGAGAAUUCACAGUGGAGAGAGGCCUUAUGAAUGUAAGGAAUGUGGCAAAGCCUUUCGUCAGCCCUCAGACUUCACUAAACAUAUGAGAACUCAUAGUGGGGAGAGGCCUUAUGAAUGUAAGGAAUGUGGCAAAGCCUUUCGUCAGUCCUCAGACUUCACUACACAUAUAAGAACUCACAGUGGAGAGAGGCCUUAUGUUUGUAAGGAAUGUGGCAAAGCUUUUAAUCAGUCCUCACACCUCACUGUACAUAUAAGAAGUCACAGUGGAGAGAGGCCUUAUGAAUGUAAGGAAUGUGGCAAAGCCUUUCAUCAUUCUUCACACCUCACUGAACAUGUGAUAACUCACAGUGGAGAGAGGCCUUACGAAUGUAAGGAAUGUGGGAAAGCCUUUAGUCAGUCCUCAAACCUCGCUAUGCACAAAAGAACUCACAGCGGAGAGAGGCCUUAUGGAUGUAAGGAAUGCGGCAAAGCCUUUCGUCAUUUCUCACACCUCACUAUACAUAUGAGAGUUCACAGUGGAGAAAGGCCUUAUGAAUGUAAGGAAUGCGGAAAAGCCUUUAGUCAGUCCUCAAACCUCACUAUACAUAUGAGAAAUCACAAAAUCACCCUGGGAGAGAAACGUUUUGAAUGUACGGAAUGUGGGAAGUUCUUUUGUAAAUCCUCAAACCUCACUGAUCAUGUAAAAAAUUACAGUGGAGAGACGACUUAUAAAUGUAAGGAAUGUCGGAAAAGUUUCAAAUGUCCCUCAUCCUUUGGAACACAUCUGAGAAGGAUACUGGAGAGGAACAAUGUGUGUUUAAGUAAUGUUGGGUAGUUUUAAUCUUUUUUUUUUUUUUUUUGGUCUACCUGAAAGAAGAAACCAUGUAAGUAUAAGGAAUGUGGGGAAUUUUUUUCCCCCCUCUCAUAUUUUCAAAGACGUUCUAGUUUGCACAUACGGGAAAACCUUCCCUACAUAUAUGAGAUGUGAGUAGUGACACUGGAGAGACAGGUAAAUAUAAGGCUCCUUGGAGCACCUACAAGUCUUUUUCAAUUCUUAGACAACUUGUGAGCUAUUACACUGCGGAUAGAUCCUGUGAAUGUAAAAGAUGAUGGUGUUCCUCCUUAGGAUGCCAGUGAAGCCUCACAGUCUAGAGAGACCCUGUGACUGUAAGCAUUGUGCAAAGACCUUCAUUCACAUUAUUUCCAUUCUUUUGCACAAGAAAAUUCAUAGCAGGGGAGAAAUCAAAGUUAGAAAUACGGAAUUUUCCACUAUAUUAUCUCUAUGUGCAUUACUUUAUCCACUUGUUAUUUUUUGAUGUAAAAUUAAGGUGAAAAAUAUCAGUCUAAGUCUCCUUUCACUCCUAGGACAUGAAUUUUGAUGAAUAGUGUUUGUACUUUUCUUCAUUUAUAUAAAAAUUCUCUUCAUUAUAAAGUCUCAUCAACGUGUUUUGAAGCAUGUUUUCUUUUAACUAUGUUAAAUUUUAAUUUUUUUCAGAGUAUAAAGCAAUGUGUUCUCAUUGUAGAAAAUUUGAGUUUAAUUGGAAAGAGUGCGGAAAAAGCAAAAAUCACUUAAAAUGUCACUACUCUUGGUGUGUUCAAAUGAGUUAUUUUAUGUUGUAUUUUGACUUGGUUCUUUGGAAAAACAGCUUGACAGAUUUUUGUCCCCUAAGCCCUGAGGAGUUACCUUUGAUAUGGUGUUCUACCUCUGAGAGUUUGUUACUUUUGUCCAGGUUGAUUGACAUUUCCUGGGUAAGCUGUAAACAACUUGAUGAUUUGAUCAUUUUUGUUUAGCCCUGGGAUGCAGUCUGCUGUAAUUGGUCUAUUUGAUGCAUUUUGUAGUGAUUGGUGGGCUUAUUAUUCAAAUUGAGUGAUUUGCAGUCCACCAAAGGGAUUGAUGUCUUUGUGGUCCUGCUGGGAGGGCCAUACCUUGAGAUUGACAAGAAGUUUGCUUAUAUAAGCAGCCAACUUAGGUUUUUAGAGAGGCAAGAAGGGAGAAGAAGCAGAGAGAGACGAGGCAAGGAACCUUCUAAAAGAGUUGUAACACAGGUCAAGGGCUGUAACACUGAAGCUGGCAAGGAGCCCAGAAGGGGGCCUGUGGCAGGGUUGGCUGACACAGGCCUGGAACGGGCCCUGCAGCAGAGUCUGCGAUGACUGUGGAAAAAUACUAUUAGGAAAGCAGCUAAGAGAGCUAAGCAAUAUGCUGGGCCAGUUAGCAGUGGAGAGGCCCACAAAGGCAAAGGGGCCUGCUUGGCUUUUUAGGGGCAUGCAAUGCUGAGAGGGGCUUGCACUGCCAAGAGAAGGCCUGUCCUGAUGGGGCCGAGAGGAGGUCUAUACUAAGGGUUUGAGAGAGGAUGGACACUGCAGGGCGGGUGCAUGCAUGGCCAAGGGAAGGGCCUGCCUGCUUUUACAGCCAAGAGGAGCCGAGAGAGCUGUCCUGCACUGAAGAAGCUAGGGAAGAGUGUGCUCACUGCUUCGGGGAAUCCUUCUGAAACUUGCCUGUGUGCUUCCUGAUCCUGAUUCCAAGUUGUUCCUGUUGCUUCUGAGGUGAUCCUGAUCCGAAGUUGUAGCCCAUUACUUCCCUAAUAAGCCACAUGACUGUUGAGUAUGGUCUGUGAGUUCUGUGUAGCCAUUGCAACAAAUUAUCAAACCCAUCAGAGAAGUAUAGAGUGCCAUGGGGGAAGAUGGCUGGUGUCAGAAAUGAUGAAGUCUGAGGGUGGGUAUAUGUUUGACCUCCACCUCAUGGGAACCAGCCUUGCACUGAUCCUGGUUCUUAUUGUCCCUCAGGAAUUUGGAAGAUUCCUUGAGCUAGAACACACUUGGUAUUUUGGUUAUUUUUUUCCGCCUUAAUACAAAUAAAUGUUUUUAAUAGAAUCAGGGUUGUACUGUGUGUUUAGUGUAAUAGUGGAUAUUUUUGCAUUGCAUCUUCUCCCUGAACACUGUUAUGAUCCCUUAUUUACUGAUGAGGAAACUACACAAAGUUUUGUUUUUUUCUGAAAUAGUAAUGCAAUGCUUUUUUUUAAUUGUACUUUAGAUGAAGGUUUACAGAACAAAUAGUUUCUCAUUAAAC